CCGUGACGUCCAUGAUGAACGGCGUGGAGCUGGAAGGUCUGACGUCGAACGGAGGCGUGCAUGCCGCCCAGGCCGACUCGAAGCCGGGCCACGGCGCCGUCAGCAGCGGCGGCGGCACCAGCCCUGGGCCCGGGCCCGGCCACGCGCCCCAGUCCUGCCAGACCGAGGAGUCCAAGACCAACCUGAUCGUCAACUACCUGCCGCAGACCAUGUCGCAGGAGGAGAUUCGCAGCCUCUUCUCCAGCGUUGGCGAGGUCGAGAGCUGCAAGCUGAUCCGCGACAAGGUGACAGGUCAGAGCUUAGGGUAUGGCUUUGUCAACUACCAUAAAAUUGAGGACGCUGAGAAGGCUAUCAGCACGCUGAACGGACUGCGACUACAGAACAAAACCAUCAAGGUGUCGUACGCCCGACCCAGCUCGGAGGCCAUCAAAGGCGCCAACCUGUACGUCAGCGGUCUGCCCAAGACGAUGACGCAGCAGGACCUGGAGCUCAUGUUCUCCUCCUACGGCAGCAUCAUCACGUCGCGCAUCCUCUGCGACAACAUGACCGGGCUCUCCAAGGGGGUUGGCUUCAUCCGGUUUGACCAGCGCGUGGAGGCGGAGCGUGCCAUCAACAAGCUGAACGGCACCGUGCCUGAGGGCAGCACUGAGCCCAUCACGGUCAAGUUCGCCAACAACCCCAGCAACAAUGCCAAGGGCCUGCCGCCGCUGGCGGCGUACCUGCCGCUGGCGCGCCGGCUGGGUGGGCCCAUCCACCACCCGGCGGGCCGAUUCAGGUACAACAUCCCCGUGACCGGCUCCAGCGCACCCACCGCAAUCAUAGAUCCCGUCGUCGCCCCACUGUCCUGCUGGAAGCUGGGUCCCAAAGCCGACAUUCCUGGCAAAGUUCUGCCCAUGGCUGUAUCGAAGGGCGUUUUUAGGUACUCGCCGAUGGCGGGCGACCUGCUGGCCAACUCGCUGCUGCCCGGCACGGCCAUGACCGGCUCCGGCUGGUGUCUGUUCGUCUACAACCUGGCGCCCGAGACCGAGGAGAGCAUCCUUUGGCAGCUGUUCGGGCCGUUCGGCGCCGUACAAAACGUCAAGGUUAUCCGCGACCUGCAGACGAACAAGUGCAAGGGCUUCGGCUUCGUCACCAUGUCCAGCUACGAAGACGCCCUGGUGGCCAUCCAGAGCCUGAACGGCUACGCGCUCGGCAAUCGCGUGCUUCAGGUGUCCUUCAAGAGCAACAAUAAGCACAAGUCGUAAGCGGCGCGUCGCCAGCCGAGCAGAGGGCGAGAGGAAAGGGAGCGAGCAAGCGACGAUGAUGCUAGUCACUAUCCCGGUUCACGUACACGCGCGCACGUGCUCGCGCCGCGGGGGAAUUUGAUAUAUUUCUAAUAGUCAUGAAAAUGAUCUCACUGUGCCACGGCAGCUGCGGCGACAGGACGAGGAGAGGCGGUGGAGCGCCGAGGCCGGCGCGUGUCGGACGGCCUGGACAGAGGCAGGGGCGGCCGAAAUAUAUAUAUAGAGAGAGAGAAGGCGCGCGCACCAACCCGGUACACACCACGUCUAGUCAUGUGAGCGUGGCGCGCGAGCCCCCGGCGCCGACGGCCGGCCGACCGGCCGCAGUGGGGCCGGACGGACGGCCGUCAGCUCCCGCUUGUUGCAUAUUUAUUUACGGUAUUUAUUGCGGGAGAAAUCGUGCCCCGAGCACGUGUAUUUACAGAGCAUAGACCAAUGUUUCCAGCAGCUUGGUUCCGUUGUGUUGUGUUCAGUCUCUGUUUGUGUGCGCGGAAGCUUCCGCAACUUACAUGGUUUCUUCAUUUUGACUUCAGUUCGUCACUCAAUAGAAGUUAGUUUGAGUUUAUUAGACAUAGGCUAACUCGUGCUUUUUGGAUUUUAGGCUGUGUAGCCUUCUAACACUGAUUUUCUUGGUUUUGAAAACCAACACGGUCACUAUUUUUGUUGAUUGGUUCAUUUGUUUGAGGUAGUGUUUCUCUGUUAGAUAAUGCUGAUGAAAUAAAAGUUACUUUCGGCUUUUUAUUAUUUCUGUUCUACUUUGCUUUCUAGGAUGAACGAGCAUGCCACAGCGUCAUGACCUUGCUGUCCGGUUGUCGUCCUUGUCCCGCCUCACCAGCGCGGUGCGGUGUCGAUUGAGUUGGUCUGGCUGACCGGCGGCAGGGUGGGGAAGGGUCGGCGCGCGGCGGGCCCGCGCCGGCGCCGCACGCCCGCACAGCUGAGGCCGCGCACGCUCCCAGCACGCAGCACCCAGGCUACUUCCAUGGAGGCAGAAACUAUUUUUAUACUGAUUCGUAGCAUGAUAUAAAAUGGCAUUCCUCCCGUUCGACCGGCCUCGGACGCCCGCAGAGGGCGCGAAAACUGCCGGUCCGCCGCGCGCGGGCGUGGCUCCUCCAGACGCGGCCCAUCCGACUUAAGCCACAGCUGAACCGCCCUCGACCCGCCACCGGCCGCCAGAGACGCGCGGCAUCACAGGUCUGCAAUACCGCCGAUAGAAAAUGCCCCUUCGGAUAUCGUCAUGUUACGGUCGGCGCUCAGGCGCAGAAUCAACGGUGAUCGGAAUGUUGUAUCUUUUUAUAACACCUGUUAAAAUUCAGAGUCUAUGGCGCUCUAUUGCCUGUUGUAUGGGCAGGAGAGGAACUACGAGCAUGUAGGGCAUCGCCCCGGGCUAAACAGCCAACCUUGAUCAACGAACAGUAAUUGUUACAUCUUGAGCAUUCCUUUUUGUGAGAUGUCCGUAGUUUCUAUAAACGUUUUCUAAGGUGUGCGUGUGUCGACGUCCCAUUUAUGUUCGAUGUAGUGAUGUUAAGCUGAGGCACAAAUCCAUCUACUUAUUUUGCUUAGUAGCGCCUCCCCAGUAACUACAUAUGCAAAGUGGAAUGGCCGGUGCCUGCCGCCGUGCCGACGGCGUUUUGCUGAGCACUUUUCUACAUGGGCACUGCGGCGUGGUGGUACGCUGCUCGGCGGAUGCAAUCAGUCCACUCAGCUGUAGCGGUUGCCUUUUGUGUACAGGACUCUAGCUUCACUGUUCGCAAUUCUGUGUCGUUUAUGUGUUGUACCCGUGGCCGCGCGUCGCACCGGCGGCGGAUCGACCAAUCAGCGCUGCCCCACGGCCGCGGCCACCAAUCAGCGAGCGCCGCCGGUGUGCCGCCCGCCCUGAUGGUGUGUUUCGUUCCCCUGGCUGCGCGGAGCCGCGUCAUCGAGCCCUCUCUUUACUUCUAUCUCAAUAUUAGUGUAUCGGUGGUUUAGUGGUGGUUUUCUUGUGCCGAUUACGUCGGCCAGUCAUCUUAACAUUCCAAUUAUUAGAGUACGGAGGCUAGGUGGCCGACGCCGGCGCUGCAGCGGGCAAUAAACGGAUGAUAUUGAGACUGGGAGAACCUGCGAAUACUCGGCCCUGGGUCACCAGCUGCCCGGUGAUGUGCAUAUGGGUGGGCGUGGCCACCCGGCGCCCUCUCGGUCGCGUGGCCGGCCGCGCCGGCGUGCGGCCGAGAGUCCGGCUGGCCCGCCCACCCGCCCACUGUCGUUGUCCUGUUUUAGCAUAUACACUAGGAUUGUCAUUGGUUUAGCUGUAGUUAGACGACGACUGGGCCCUAAGCCGCGAGUCUCAUACCUGGUGCAGCCGGCUCAGUACUUAAGUUACCUGCUUAAGUAUUAGCUGUGAGGUGGCAGUCACGCUGCUUGAGGUAGCUUACUUUGCCGUAGGUGGGCCCGCCCCGCGGCGCCCGGUAGUUAAUUUAUCCACUAAUUUAUUGUCUGCCUGAUGGCCGUCGCCCGGGGAGCCUGGCGAUGGGCGCGUGCUCCCCGGGCCCCGCCAGCUGUCGAUAUUGUCUGUGUUCAUGAUAUUUGUGUUGCCGUGCAGUGGUUUAUUGUAGUUCCUUGAUCGACUUGGUACAUAUUCGCACUCCAAGGUCCAGCACCUCUUUGGCUGCCUUCCACCUACCAAUGUUGCUGAAAUUCAACAGUUGCGCAAGCACUUGCCGCAAUCCGGUCAAAAGACGAAAAAAGACUAGCAAUGAACGUUUUCCUAACAGUAGUUUGGUUGUAACUACGGCAUUUGUACUUUUCCAAUGUUGAGGACUUAUACAAUAAACUAUUAUGAUA